GUUCUGGGAAUUUCAUUUUCGUCCAUUCUCAAAGAAUCACAUUUCGUAACAUUUCAUCAUGUUUGCUAGCGCUGGCAWGCAACCAGCKUCGUUAACACUUGGAACACGUACUCUUUUGCUAGAGGAAAAGAUUGGUGAAGGUGCCUUUGGAGAGGUUUUUAAGGCGAGAGAUCAACGCUCUAAUCAACUCUUCGCUCUGAAGAAAAUUGAUGUAUCGGGUAACGACAUUGGAAAUCUGRCAAGAGAAGUCAAGACCCUAGAGAAAUGUAGACACGAACUCAUUGUUACUUUGUAUGAUGUCAAAUUCGAUUUCUCCAAAGCCUUUAUCCUUAUGGGGUACUGCUCUGGAGGAAACCUCAAUAGCCGAUUAGCCAGGUCAGACAUCACCGAAAUCCUUAAACUACGAUGGAUGAGCGAGCUAGCCGACGCCAUACGUUUCCUUCACUCACAAGACAUCGUCCAUCGUGAUUUAAAACCAGAAAAUGUCCUUCUGACUUCGACGGAUUCCAUCAAGUUGGGAGAUUUUGGCCUCGCAAGAGAGUAUACUGCUUUGAAGCAAGAUGGCGUUGCAUCAGAUCAGGCUUAUGUGUCCUACAUGGCAACCUAUUAUAUGGGCUCACAUGUGGGCACAAUGGCUUGGAUGGCGCCUGAAGUCUUUGRUAACCACUAUACGGAAAAAGCAGACAUUUUCUCCCUCGGUGUCAUUUUCUACGUUAUUCAAACCCUUAGCUAUGAAAUCAUCGAAGGUAAGAAAUAUUUCGUGGGAGUGGUCGUCAUUGCUGGAGGUCGUGAGCGGGGCUUUGGGGCAGCACUCCAUUUGGAUCGAAACAUAGAGCUUCCUUUGAGCAACGUCAAAGCACGGAGAAGAAGAGAUUUGAUUCGCGGUAUGCUUCAUUAUAGCCCCAGACAGCGUCCCGGUGCAAAAGACGUCUACAAUGAUGUUCAAGAUAUCUAGUGAAUGCUACAACCAAUUGAAGUGAGUUAUGACUGCUCCAUAAUCAUUAAGACGUAUUUAGAGUGGCUUAUAUCAGUUUAGGUUUUUGGGUCCUGCUAAUCUGCGGGCUGCGGUUUGCGGGCUAAAUAUUGCGGGCUGCGGGCUAAAUAUUGCGGGCUGUGGGCUAAUGAUUUGCGAACGAGGUUGUGACUUUGUGAGUUUGUGAUCGUCGGUUAGGGUUAGGACAUCUCCUAAUGGUACUGAUCUCCUGGCUCAAUUUGGUGAGUACAGUCGAAUCUCUCGUAAGCGGAUGYACUAACCGCAAGCGAUUUAUUUUACAUAUACAGUACUGUAUGAAUAUAAUGUAUUCAAUAAACAUAACAAAGUCACGUUGAAAGAGCUUUGUUUUCUCUACUGUAGGCUGGAGGUCAAUAGAAGUAAGAGUUGCUGUAUUUUUUCUCGGCUUCGCAAAAAAAUACCGUUAAAAAAUGAAUCUUGUAUGUCAGUGCUGCUGACAAAGUUUUUGAAAAGAGUGAUCAACACAGCAAAGAUUGUUA